ACAAUUCGUGCCGCGUGCGCGUUCGUGUAAAACUGAAACUCUGAAAGGCAGCCCCGAAAUACCGCAAAAAACCAACAAAAAGCAACAAAAAAAAAACUAAAAAAGAAAACUCUGCUAAAAAUGCCGCGUGAGCCGCUACAAAGACGCAACGUGGUCCGCCUCAGCCGGAUGUGGAUGCUACCGUUGCUGGGCCUGUGCCUGGCCAGCUUCGGCCUGCGCUGCGAUGCGCGUGCGGUGAACGUGAGCAACACUUGGACCAUGCCGCAGGAGGGCUUGAAUGUGUUCUAUCGUUUCUUUCGUGAUCGCAUCUCCUGGUUCGAGGCGGACGCCGUUUGCCAGUUCCAUCAUGCCAAUCUGGUGACAGUCGACAACAGUUUUCAAUUUGAUGCAACUCGCGACCUGCUGCGGGAAUUGGAUGUGAACGACAUCGUUUGGAUUGGACUCAUGCGGCCGCAGAACUCGGAUCGCUUCAUGUGGUCCAACUCACGACCCUUGGUGGUGGACACCGGCUACUGGGCGGAGUCGUUGCCGUUGAUGGACGCGCCCCUCUGCGCCGUUAUCGAUCCCAUUCGCGACUAUCGUUGGCAUGCCCUGCGCUGCGGCGGUCCCGAGACAGCCUCGUUCCUGUGCGAAAUGCCAGUGCCCAGCUGGGCAGAUGCCUGCAUCCUGAAGGAGAUGCCCAACCUGACCAUGCAGUACAUGGCGGACACGGCCAGCAUUGAGUUAAUCAGGAACUGCCAAGAGGAGGGUCUGCUGCGGCACAGCUGCAAGGGCAAAGAGGAUCGAGAGCGGGCCGUGCGCGAGCUCAUCUGCCCGAAGGAGCGGCUGGAGGCGCAACGCAUCAACGACAUCACCAACUCGCACUUCAAAUCGCUGCAGAUCAUCAAGAGCAUUCGCACCGACAACAACGAGAACAACGACAUCGACCUGAUGCCCCUGGUGGCCAACUAUGCUGCCAGCGUCAUGAAGAUCGAGGUGGCCACCGUCGCACCGCCGCCGCCGCCAGUCGAGCGCUUCAGCCUGGACAGGCUGAUAAUGCCGGUGGCCCGUUACCACAUCCCGGACGAGGUGCCCAUGCCCGUCAAGAAGUCCGCGAAGAAGGUGAACAUAAACGAUGAGCACGCCAAGAAGCUGUUGGCACAGCAUCAGACCCAGAUGCGCAAGGUCACAACUACGAGCACGCCCACGCCCACAACUACGACUAGGACUACAACCACGAGCCCGCAACCGAUAUCCCAUCUGGACAUGAUGAUGGGCGAUCAGCCGGCGUUGAGCGAGGAGCAGCUGCCGGAGGAUGUCAGCGAUAGCGAUGUGUCCAACGAGAUAUUCGAGGCGUUGCCGCAUAAGAAGAAAAUAUUGCCGCAGGACCUGAGGACAAUGCCGACCAUAACUGAGGCAACAGCAGCAGCAGCAACAACAACAACAGCAACAGCAGCAACUGAGGAGGCAACAAGUGCCAAGGAGUUGACCAUGGCAGCAGCAACAACAACAACAGCAGCAGCAACAACAACUACAACAACUGCAGCACCAGCGACAACCACAACAACAACAACAUCGGCGCCAACAACAACAGCAAUAGCAACGCGAGCUACAACAACCGAAAACAACAUUAUGACAACAACAGCAGCAACGGGAGCAACUCCAGCCGCAGCAACGGAUGUGACAAUGGAAACGGAUACAACAGAUACAACAGUUGUUGCAGCCACCGGCAACACUUCCAAUACUUACGACAGCAGCAGCACCAUCACGAGCACCAGCAACAUCCCAACCCCAACGACAACAGCAAUGCCAUUGGGAACGUCAACGACCGUGGUUAGCAUUGCACAUCCCAUACAUCCGGUGCAGCAAAAUCGCGAUGAAAGUGCCCAUCCACAUGUCAAAGAAACGGCGGACAAUUCGCACUUUAUACCGCCAAUGUUGCUGGUCAAAUCGCACUAUGUGCCGCCUGCCAAGCAUGGCGAGCACGGCGAGCACAAGUCCGAGCAUCUUGCUACCAAUACGCUGGCAACAACAACAACAACAACAACAACAGCAGCCACGACAAGUCAUCAAAGUGUUCCUGUCGUGACAGCAGCAACAGCGGCUCCAGACGCAGCAACCAAAAUGACGCCGACAGUUACAACAAUCAGGACAACACAAGAAGCAGCAGCAGCAGCAACAACAAUGUCAGCUGGAAAAGUGCCUACUAGCGAGGCGCCAACAACCGCCACAAAAGAGCCAACAGCUAAUGAAAACAGCUCGAAUGCAGCAGCAACAGCAACAGCAACAGCAUCUGCUGCUGCUGCCGAAAUGAAGAGCGCCACAAAGUUGCAGUUGGAAAGCGAGAGUGUGACCGAGGAUGGCAAUGGAGAUGGAGAUAGGGAUGAGGAUGAGCUGGAGUUAACGAGCGCCACAACACGGCGCAACUUCCUGCACGUGGAAACCGAAGCGCCAUUCAAGCCAAAUCGACACCGUUCGCUAACAAAGCCGGAAACCGUCAGCUAUUUCAAGAAGAUCUUGGGCUAAGAGCAGCAGCAGCAACUGUAACUGAAGCGACUUUGCAGUUAACACAUAUUUCCGACACAACACCCAUCCGCACAGCCCCCCUGAUCCCCCUGACCCUUGCAAUGUAAUUGGUGUGCAACAAAAAAAAAAAGAAAAUAUCAAAAAUCAAAGCUGCAUUGCCAGCAAAUUGAAUCAGUUGAUGUCGUUGCCUGAUUCCAGCCACCAACAACAACAAAAUCAACAACAAAAUCAACAACAACAACAACAACAACCAUAUCCACAUUCUGGCCAAAGUUUGUAAAACUUGGCUAUGUCCGCCCCCGCACGGCUCCACACCGGAAACUUAAGCUGUUAGUCAACGCCAAGCGGAAACGCAAAGCAGCCAAAAGAAAACUCAAGCACACAGAGAGAGAGAGAGAGAGAGAGAGAGAGAGAGAGAGAGAGAGGGAGAGAUAGAUAUAGAGCGAGGCAGAGGGAGAGUGUGCGGGCGAGUGGCAGCAGCAGGUUCCAGUUGGGAGCACCAAAUAUGUCAAUUCUUUGCAGCACCAACCACAAAGUAAUGCACCACCAAUACACACACACACACACACACACACUCGGACAUACACACGCACACAGUGACAAAUUUAGGCACCGGCAAAGUCUGUCGCAGUUAAAGGCAGGAAGAGAAAUAAAAAUAUACAAAAAUAAAAAUGAAAAACAAUUCAAGGAGCAGAGGGAAAGGUGGUUGCAUACCAAAGGCCAAAUCUUAAGUAUGAUAAAUACUAUUAUAAAUGUUUACAGAGCUAUUCGUAAUAUACACAUAAGAUACACAACCAUUGCGAGCGUCUGUUUCGUCAAAUUUCGUUUACUCUAGCCCAAGACAGCAAAAGCAAAGCUGGCAAAAAAUACUUAGCAAAAAAAAGUAACGCACCGACUGCACAAUACUCACGCACAAAUUCCACAAAUUCGCAAAAGCUCAAAAUAUGCUAUACAUUUAUUAGAUGAUAUCGAUUUUUGUAGCACAUCAAGCUCUGGAACUGUGCAAAAUGUCGAUGUAUCGCUCAUGUAUCAAUAUAUAUAUAUAUAUAUCGAUAUAUAUAAAACAACCAAUUGAUAUAUUUAUGUCUAUAUAUUUAUCGAUACAUUAUCGAUACACAUAUACACGUAUAUAGACGUAUCGACAUGUAUCGAUAUUAGAUCAAUAUAUAUAUCGAUAUAGAUAGCAAUCAAUUGAUGUAUCUGUAUCUAUGUAUCCAUUGAUAAGUCGACCGUAUCACAGCUUAUUAGCUGAUCAAGCUUCGCCAAAAAGGGCAAACAGAAUUUGCACAAAAACUAACAUGAAGGAUAUCGAUGUAUCAAUAUGUAUCGAGCUACAUAUUUAUCGAUAUGUUUAUAAACAUAUCGAUCCAUCGAUAUUAUCUUAGCUUAUUAUUCAAUGCGGGCAUAAAUACAAGCAUAAAUAAACCAAAAAA